AUGUCGUCGCAAACUCCUGACGUCAACACUCUGUUGUACAACAUGUGUGCACAGAUUUUGGCGUUAACUACGCAACUCGCCGAGCUCCAGGCAAACCCCCCUGCAGCAGCCCCCUUAGUUGAGAAGAAAUUCAACAAGAAAGUUGAAGUCGUCGCUGACCCUGGCACCUUUGAAGGAGACAGAGCGCGAUUUGCCAAAUGGUGGAUCAAACUCCAAAUUUGGGUCAAAGCAAAUUGGGGUGCAUUUUCCGAUGACUUUGAGGUAGCAACUGUGGUGCUAUCUCGACUAAAAAGACCUGCGGCGGGUCAUUACACCCAAGUAAGACUACAGGAGUACUACAUCGCGGGUGUGUGGCCUACCUGGGACAAUCUCAAAGUAGAGAUUGAAAAAUAUCUUAAACCGCAAGCUGAGCGUGACUGGGCUCGCCAACAAAUCUGUUCCUUCAAACAAGGAAACAUGAGGACGGACAAUUUUGUAACCCGGUUCCUGGCCCUCCCCACCCAAGGGGGCUUAGGUAAUGAACAUGCAGUGGAACUGCUGGAACACAAUGUGAACCCCCACAUUGCAGAACAGCUCUAUCUGCAGGAUAUGAGGAGUUAA